AAUUGUAAUAUUUUCGUUGACAUUGGAAAUAUGAAUUGCAUUGGAAAAUUAAGAGUAAAACAAUCUUUCCAACGAUACCAAAUAAAUUACAUUUUAUAUAGCAUGACAGCUGCCACUAAGUGUUUAUGUGAACGAGGUGCAGAUGUUAAGCUAAAAAAUACCCAUGGAUCUACUGCUCUUCAUUUAGCUGCUCGAAGAGGAAAUGAAGAAAUUUGUAGAAUUCUGAUUAACCAUGGUUCUGAUGUAAAUGCUACAGAUAGUGGAAAUUGCACACCACUUCAUAUGGCGAUUCUUGCAUGCAGUGAAGUUAUAACAAAGUUACUAAUUAAAAAUGGAGCCGAUGUAAAUGCAAAAGAUGGUGAUGGCGAAGGACCUAUUCAUUAUGCUGCUGCUAUGAAUCAAGAAAGUAUAAUUAUUUUACUGACUAAAGGAGCUCUUGUAUUAAUUGAUGAAGAAAAAAGGGAUGAUGCACAAAGAAAAUAUGUUAACUUAAGAACAGACAAGAAGGAUACAGCACUUCACAUUGCUGCUCGGGCAGGUUAUUUAGACACAGUAAAAACCUUGGUGUCUAUUGGUGCCAAUGUAAACAUUUGCUCUGCUACAGAUUCUACACCGUUGCACCUUGCAGUAAUCAAUGGUGAUAAAGAUAUGGUUGAAUAUCUGUUAGAACAUAAUGCCAAAGUCAAUGUAUAUGAUCACCAAAACAUGUCUCCAGCACAUAAAGCAAGUCAGUUCGGUCGGUUUGAUGUAAUAAAGUUAUUAGUGGAAAAAGGAGCUCAAAUAGAUUCUAUAGAUAGCAGUUGUUUCACACCACUUAUGUGGGCUGUUUUAAAAGGUCAAAAUGAUAUUGUAGAAUAUUUGUUAAAAUGUAAAGCAGAUGUCACCAUAAGUGAAAUGAACAUGAAAAGCAUUCUUCACUUAGCAAUAGAAAACUGUCAUAGUUCAACACUUCAACUUCUUAUAAAGAACGGGUGUUCUUCUUUAAUUAACAAACCUGAUAAAGAUUUUAAAAGGCCAUUGCACUAUGCCGCUAUAAGCAAUGACGUCGAGUCAAUCAAGAUACUUAUUCAAGUAUCAGCUGACAUUGAUGUUACUGAUAAUGAAGAAAAAACUGCAUUGCAUACUGCAGCAGAGUAUGGUCAUUUUAACUGUUUAAUAACAUUAGUUCAAACUUCUGCUCGAAACAUCAAUGGUAUGGAUGAGAAAGGAAGGUCACCUUUGCACCUUGCUGCCAAAAAUGGAUGGAUAAAAACAACACUGACUUUAAUUGAAAUGGGUGCACAAAUUUCAGGUCGUGAUGAUUCAAGUUGGACUCCCCUUGAUUAUGCUGCAAGAAAUGGACAUUCUAAAGUUGUAGUAGCUCUUAUUAAUAAUGGUGCUAGUGUGGAUGGAUUUGAUCCAAAUAAACUUACCCCUCUUCAUCAUGCUUCCAUUAAUGGACAUGUUGAUUGUAUAAAUGUUCUGUUGAAUCAUGGUGCAAGUAUAUCUUUUCAGAAUAAAGACGGAAAAAAUUGUUUAGAUCUAGCUAUAGAAAAUAACAGAAAAGAAGCUUGUGUAGUAUUUGUUAAACAUGAUAGAUGGAAAGAAGCACUCAACCAUUUUGAUAAUGAAGGGUUUAAUCCUAUGGAAAAACUGAUAUCAUCAGCUCCUGAUAUUGCAAAAAUUGUUUUAGACAGAUGUGUUGAAUAUUCUAAAAUUGAUGAAAAAUUGGAAGAAUAUUAUAUAUGUUAUGAUUUCCAAUAUCUUGAUUUUCCACCUGACUGUAACUUCAAAAGGCAUUACUUUGGUCCUUCCAGUAUGGUAGCAUAUAAUUGUGAAAGUUUACUUUCUCAUCCACUUACUGUUCAACUUAUUAAUGAUAAAUGGACACGUUUAGGUCGUUGGAUUCAUUUGAUCAGCUUGUUUAUUUAUAUUAUGUUUGUAUCUAUGCUUACUGGUUUACUUAUUAUUGACAAAACAAGAGUUCGUUAUAAUGAAAAGAAUUUGUUUCAAAAAAUAAUACCUAUUAUCACACUUGCUCUCUCUGUUUUUGAAAUAUUAAAAGAAAUUGUGCAGGCAUACAUUCUUAGGAAAGAAUAUUUGAAUGACCUGAGUAAUUAUUUGGAGUUAAUGCUUUAUUCAUCUAGCUUUAUUUUUAUGAUACCAUUUAUUAUGCAGCUUGUUGAUGUGCAAAAAGACUCAACAUCAUUUAAGAUACAGCAAAAUGUGAAGUGGAGUUCUGGAGCAGUUGCAAUUUUUUUUGCGUGGACCAACUUGUUACUAUAUUUAAAACGAAAUACUUUUUUUGGGGUUUAUGUAAUAAUGAUUAUUGAAGUUUUUAAAUCACUGACAAGUGUUACCAUAGUUUUUUUUAUGAUUGUUGUGGCAUUCUCACUUACAUUUUUUGUGCUUCUCGGAAAUCAAUCUGCAUUUUUGUAUCCCGGAAGAUCAAUUUUAAAAACAAUUGCCAUGACUCUUGGGGAAAAUGAUUAUGACAUAACAUUUGCAUACAAUUCCACAACAAAUCUUCCACAAAAUAAAGAUGAAUUACCAUAUCCAGAAAUGUCUUAUGUAUUGUUUACACUAUUUUUGAUAGUGUGCCCCAUACUACUCAUGAAUUUAUUGGUUGGUUUAGCUGUAGGCAAUAUAGCUGAUGUCAGGAAGUCAGCGUACAUACUUAUGUUAAAAGCUCAAGUUGAUAUUCUAAAAGCACUUGAGUCAAGAUAUCCUAAGAAAUUGUUGAAAAAAAUUUAUUGCAGACAGCUAAUAAUAUACCCAAAUAAAGUUAGUUGGAAAAAAAGAAUACUUAAUUGGUUUAGUCACUCCAGCUAUGAUUCCUUAAAAGAUGAACAAGAAAAAAGAUCUAGAUGGAAAACUGAUUUAACAAAAGAGUUAGAACUACAACGCAUGGAGUUUGACAUUGAAAGAAAGAAAAUGAAAUAUAUGAAAAGUCUUUUGAAAGAGCAUCUUGAGAUAACCAAGGAAUUAGCUGUCACUUUAAAGAUUGAUGAAAAUAGCUUUGAAUCCAAUGGUAAGCAUAUUAACAUGGAUAGCAACUCAGAGUCACUGGAGUUAGAAAGAAGUAGUUAUUUUGAUGAGACUGACAUUAAGCUAGCAAAUCUUAGCCAUGAUAAAGAAAUAAAUAAAGAUGAAUUUGCAAACUUUGGCAAUGCUAAUGAAACAGAUUUGACUGAAUUAUUGGCACACGAAAAUUCAAAGGGAGUAAAUUUAGAAAAAACUGAUAAAAAAAAGUUAACUAUAUAUGAGCAACAGUCAUUGUCUAAUAAAAAUUCUAAAACAUCUGUUAAGCUUAGAAAUCUUAAACCUAGAGUAGAGGAUGAAAGAGAAGGUUUAGUGCACGCUGAAAUACAAUCCUCUGAUACUUCUUCUCUUCAAAGUGAAAAUAAAGAUAAUCAAAAAGAUUCAUUAGAUGGAAAAAAAAGAAUAUCUAUGUUCAACUUCCCAAAGUGGCUCAAAGAUUAUUCUAAUGGAAAAGUUGAACAAUCACCUAAACCAGAGAAGGAGACUGAAGGUGAUUUUUCAAGGUUUUCUCUCCAUCUUGCUGCAAAAGAAGGAACUAUAGGGCGUAUUCAACACAUUAUUGAAAAUAAUAAAAAGCAAAACUCAGUAACAUCGAAAGAGUUUAUCAGCACAAGAGAUGGAUGGAAUAAAAAUGGUUUUAGUGCUUUGCAUUUAGCUGCACGGUAUAAUCAAAAAGAUGUUGUUGCAUAUCUCCUUGAAAAUGGAUCUUUAAUCGAUAGUCCAGAUAGAGAUGAUGGUAAUACAGCUCUCUUAUUGGCAGCAAAAUAUGGAAUGACAACAACUGCAUCAUUUCUGAUUGAAAAAGGAGCAAAUGUUAUGUUUAAAAAUAAUUAUGGAACUACAGCAUUGCACUAUGCAUGUAGGCGUGGUAAUAAAAAACUUUUGCUUAAGAUUCUUAGCAUUCCAAAUGUAGAUAUAAAUGUUCAAGACAUUAAUUUGAAUACUCCGCUUCAUCUUGCUAUGAAUGGUGGUUGCAUAAGGGUAGUAAGUACUCUUAUAAACUAUGGAGCAAAUGUAUUUGCUAUAAAUAAUAAAGGGGAAAUUCCUAUACAUUAUGCAGCUGCUUCAACUGUAGAUAACAUAAGAGAUGAGCUGAAUAAAGGAGAUUACUUUGUCUUAGAAGAAAUCAGUAAUAAAACUAAAGCUUUGCAACAUGUUCCUUCAUCAAUUGUUGAAGAUCUUAUUGAGUUACUUAUCAAAGGAGCUCUCAAAAACGUUCCCAAAGAUAAACAUGAACAACAGAGAAACGCAUUUGUUAACAGUAAAACCAAAGAGAAUCACACACCUUUGCAUAUUGCAGCAUGUUGUGGUAAUGAAAAAUCAUUACAUAAAUUGUUGAGAGUUGGUGGAGAUGUCAACGCUCAAACAGAUUCUGGCUUAACUCCUUUACACUUUGCUGCUAUGAGUGGGCAUGAAAGAGUAGUAAAUUUUUUAAUAAUGUAUGAUGCUAAUAUUCAAGCAGUUGAUAAUGACUUAAUGACUCCAUUGCACAGGGCUUGUCUAUUUGGACGAUUAUCAGUUGUUAAAUUAUUAGAUGAGAAAGGAGCUUUACUUGAAGUUAAAGAUAAAAACAACUUUACUCCUGUUAUAUGUGCUGUGUGUAAGGGUCAUAUUGAAGUUAUAACAUAUCUGAUUGCUAGGGGUGUUCAAAUUAAUUCAACUGAUGUUAACAAUAAGAAUGCUCUUCAUGUUGCAGUUAAAGAGAACCAAUUAGAAACUUUAAAGUUUUUAUUGGAUAAUCAUCAAUUUAAAAAGAUGAAUGAUUCAGAUAAAGACAAUAGGGCACCUGUGCAUUAUGCAGCAGCUGAUGGAAAUCUUCAGGCAUUGGAAUUUUUAAUUCAAAAAAAUGCUCCAAUUGAUGUUGGUGAUAAUCAAGAAAGGACUCCUCUUCAUUUGGCAUCUGAGAAGGGUCACUUAUCUUGUGUAAAACUUCUCAUUUCUACAUCUGCUGGAGAAAUUAACUCUACUGAUGCCCAUGGAAUGACUCCGCUUCAUUUAGCUGCAUCAAAUGAUCAUAGAAAAGUAGUGAAUCUCCUUAUUGAGUCCGGUGCUGAUGUUUCUUUACGUGAUAAUUGUGACUGGAGCCCUUUAGAUUAUGCUGCAAAAAAUGGUCAUGAAAAGAGUCUGCAAAUUUUACUUGAAAAUGGUGCUUUUAUUAAUGCUUGUGACAAAAAUGGUUAUACACCUCUGCACCAUGCAGCACUUGCAGGACAUGUUGAAUGCAUAGUUGCAUUACUAGAUCAGGGUGCUAAUAUUCAACUACUAACUAAGGAGAGAAAAAAUUGUUUAUAUCUUGCAGUUGAGAACUCAGAAAGAGAAGCUGGCAUGGCGAUUGUUAAGCACAAAAGAUGGCAUGAAGCUCUUCUCAAUAUAGAUAGCAAAAGAGCUCCUGUUAUGGAAAAAAUAAUCGAACUUGCACCUGAAGUUGCAGAAGUUGCAUUAGAUAAUUGCAUUACUUAUUCUGAUCUUGAUAAAAAACAUUCUGAUUAUUCAAUUGAAUACAAUUUUCAAUUUGUAGAUACUGACCCCAUAAACAGUUUAAAUUCUUUUUUUGCACCUUCUUUGAUUGUUCAAUACAAACGUGGGAAAUUGUUGAGCCAUCCUCUAGUUGUUGAGCUUAUUAAUCAGAGGUGGUCUCGAAUGGGUCGGUGGGUGUACUUAUCUUCACUAAGUUUUUAUUUAGUGUUUGUUUCACUUCUUACAGCACUUGUGGUUAUAGAAAGAAUGAGUUUAAACAAGCAACCAACAAAAAUAUGCUCGGGAAAGAAAUUUACUGACAUAAUUACAUGGUCGACUCUCGGCAUUGCAUGCAUACAAAUUUUAUGGAAAUUGAUAUUAACUAUAUAUAUUGGAAUAAGUUAUAUAAACAAUCCAGUUAAAAUAUUAGAAUUUUUUUUAUACAUUUCAACAGCAUUGUUUAUGGUUCCUUUUAUUACUUGCCAAUUUCAUUUGAAAAUGACAAAUUUAGAGUCUAUGAAAUGGCAAUCUGGAUCACUUUCAAUUUUACUUGCAUGGUCAAAAAUACUGUUAUAUUUAGAGAAUUUACCAUUUAUCGGUUUAUAUAUUGUCAUGUUUACUGAGGUCCUUUACACAUUACUAAAAGUUUUAUUGGUUUUUGGCACUCUUCUAAUUGGUUUUGGUUUAUCUUUUUAUGCACUACUUGAUCUUCAAUCAGCAUUUAGUGAUUAUGGGCGCUCAAUUGUCAAAACAUUUGUCAUGAUGCUAGGUGAAAUAAGCUACGACUCUAUCUUUACAAAUAACUACUCAGAUGAAAAUAGUCAUCUUCUACCUAAUUUAGAAAUAUCUAUUGUCAUUUUUCUUCUAUUUGCUAUGAUAAUGAUAAUUGUGGUUAUGAAUUUGCUUGUUGGUCUUGCAGUUGGUGAUAUUGAAUCAGUUCGCAACAAUGCAUAUCUAAGAGUUUUACAGAGACAAGUUUAUUUUUUAAGUAUUUUAGAUCGAACCUAUCCUAAAUUUAUUCGAAAAUUUGUGUAUAAAGCUUCUUAUAUACAAAAACCUAAUCAAAAGAGUUGGUUUAAAAAGUUUAUCCUAUGGUUGGGUAAUUUUCAAAGGAAAGCAUUGGAAGAAGAACAAACAGAUGCAAAAAAAGAUUUAAUAAUGCUUGAAAUUGCAUCUAAUAAGGAAGCAAUAAUAAAGCAAAAAAAAAAGACUAAAUCGAUUUUAGACGAUCUCGAAAAGCAAUUGAAAAGAACUAAAAAAAUUGCUAAAUUCAUUGCAACAAGUUCUUCGUUCAAAAACAAAGUUGAUUGAAAUGUUUUAAAAAGUUCAGUCAUGCAACAUUAGCAAAAUUAAUUUUUACUUUAGCUAACCAAAAAGGUUAAAUUAAAACUCGUAAAUUUAAUUUAUAUUUAUAUAUAUUGUUUUAGUAUUUUUAUGUCUAUAUAUUAAAUAUAUUUUUAUGAAAAAGUGUUUGGUUUAAUCACGUGAUAAUUUUGAAUAUAA